GUUUAGUAGUAACAAUGGUGGAUAAGUGGGUUGGGUGGCAGGAAAAAGGAGAUGAGUGUUGUCUUAAGGGAGAUAGUGGUGGACAAAGUACGGGUAUAGGAAAAGGAUGCAUACACGGUGCUGCUGGCAGCAACGGAAAGUGUUGUAACAAAGAUGGCGAUCGUCGUACUCCAUGUGCUAAUGAUGAGUGUCAGCAUUGUGGUAUUAGUCCCAGCUAUAACAAGUGUGGCAUCAGUGUCAAUGAUAUCAAUAACAAAUGCUACCUCUCGUCUUACAAAAGACACAAUGGUGACCCCAAUAGUGUACCCAGUGGAGACUACUACUGGCCCACCAUAUCCAGUGACUCCACUAAGGUCCACCUCCUGGCCCGUAUUUUCCUAGGGUCAGUAUGUCUCAUCUGGAGUGGACUCAGUCAGUUGGGGUUCCUAACGGGUGGGAGUGGCAAUGAUAGGUGGAGCAAGGAAGGAAAGCUACAUGAGGAGACUAAGGGUCUCGGCUCAUUCAUGGCGGCCAUGGGCUACGACCUGGAUAGGUUGAAUCAGGGAGCUCCAGAUAAAGGAGGAGAGUUUGUGCAAACAUUGUUGACGAAUACUGUGGGAUGGAAGGAUCUCAGUAAUGGCACCAAUUCAAAGAGUGUAGCUGAGUACUACAGUAGUAUCUAUGAAAAAGCCAAGGAGGCUGCCAAGAGUACUACUGAAUCCAUUUGUAAGGAGUACCCCCUAUUGGUACUCCACAUCCUGGCCAGUGGGUACUUCAGGGCAGGCAGUGCCGGGGCCAAGGGUAUCACGCCGCCGGCGAAGCCGGCCACUAGUACUGACGGUGCUAGUGAUGCCAAAAAGGACACUACCUCUCCCAGGAAGCCUAGGACCAUCCGGGAAAUCCUCUACUGGUUAAGUGCAUUGCCCUAUAGUCAGGGGUACAGAGACCUGGUAGAGAGGAUGGGAGAUAAGACGGAUCAGGUUACCCAGGGGAACUCUGAGGAUAAAAAGGGCCAGAUAGAGCUGUACGAUACCAGUGCUGCUAAGGCUAGUACCUCCCUCAAGAGGAAUGACAUUACUCACUACCUAAUGGCCGCCUGUGGCUACUGCCCACUGGUACUCAUCGGUAUCCAGGGGACCAUAGAGAAGGAGGUGGACAAGGCACAGCCGGCACAAGCACAAGGUAGUGCUCCAGCUGCUCCUGUUGCGGAAAAGAAGUGUCCCAAGCAUAAGGAAGAUCGUAAUCACAGAUGCGAUCCUAAAAAUAUAAAGGAACCAGCAGCCCAAGCAGCGGGAUCUUCCGCUGCACCAGCUCCCGGCGGACAACAACUCAAGGAAGGUGAGGUCUGCUACGGCGGGUACCACCUGGAAGCAAAGGAUUUUGGCCCCCUCCAUGGGAUGUACGCCAAUGGGCUCUUUGGCUUCCAGAUGGACGGCUCUCCCGCCCAGUGCCUGGACCAACUGAGGGUAUAUGUCUACCACUGCUUCUACCAGCUCUAUUUCCUGAGGAAGCAGUGUAAGGUGGGAGUGGAGAGUGGAGCUGUGCUGGGAUGGAAAAGUUGUAGGUAUGGUAGUGGACUUGAUGGCGCCGGGAAAGAGAACUGGAUUUGUCAAAAAUCAACAGGUACCAGUAAUGGGAAGUGUAAUUGUCAUAGUAGCACUAAAUCGCCACUCAUGUUAUUCCUUUGUGAUUCAGUUGAACAUAUGCAUUGUGGAUUGACAAAGGGCAAGGGUGUGAAUGAUUAUCCCGAAAUUGAUGACCACAUUGAAGCCAAGGAUACUAUUCAACCUCCACACUUUGGCAAACCACCCAAACACUGCCCAGUACCUAUGGGUUGGCAAUCAGAGAGUACUGGUAGUAGCACUAGCGGUGGUCAAAUCAGAGAAAACCACUUCAAAGAUUUGACCAAGGGUACCCAUAAGCAGUCACCACUAGAUCCUCCGUUAGCAGGCAAGUACCCUGUACACUGCACUGGGAAUACACUAUCUUAUCUCCUGGAGUACUACUGUGACCCAGACAAGUGCUCUAGUGGCACCCUAGUGGUACUACUGAGACUACUGGCAUGUAUUACUCCCACAGUGCCACGGACUCUGGGUGACCUCUUUGGGUUCUAUUACUAUAUAGUCUACAUUGGGGGAAACCAGGGUGGUGGUGGUGGUAAAAAGGAGGUGUAUACGAAGCUAGGAGAUUUAGAAAAAGAGGUGCUGCUCCAUAUGGGUAAAGAUAAUAAAGUGGUCGAGGCACUAACCACAUGGAGUGGUGGUGGAAGUGGAUGUACUAGUGGUUGUAAGGACACACUAAGGUGUCUAUAUGGCGAUAAAGGCACUGGUCAAUGCUCUCACUAUUUAUCUCCUCUGAGUGGUCAGCAGUAUGGCCAGUUGAGUCCCUUGAUGGCGGGGACCUACCUGUCAUGGUUGGUCUAUUUGAUAGAGGGGUUCCAUGAUGGACUAGAGGGAUUGGCAAAGGAUUAUAGGAAUAUAGUGUGCAAAGAUGAAGGGUGUGGUACGAGUGUGGGAGGAGGUGCUGGUGGAUGUAGUGGAGAUACAUGUAAAGCAGGAAGUCACGGUACUACGUGCAGUGGUGGUGGUAAUACCGGAGUCUGUCAGUGUCCCUCUGUGGUAUCUUGUACCGGGGUACUACCGGGGUACUACCGGUGUUGUACAAGUAUGGCUUUGGGUAUGGUAACGUAGAGACGUUGCACAACGGUAAAGUAGGUGCUGGUAGUACACAGAAGAAGCAGUGUCACCAUUUCCUGGAGACCCUGACAAAGGUCCUAACAGGGGAUCACCUCAAGACAGGUGGCACCAGUGGAGGCCUCCACCACGAAAUAAAUAAGCUCAUCUACACCACCAGGCUGCCCUGGAUCUUUGUACUGACCCUAGCGUGGCUAGUAGCAGUGCUCUACCUAGCCUUUGGUGCCAUAUGGCCACUGGACUGGACACAUAUGAGGUCGCAUUGCAGAGGAUGGUUUAGGAAGGGUAGUCUGAGUCCAUGGGAAGUACUGAUGGUGGGAAAGAAGAAGGGGAGGGGGAUACUAGAGUUUUUUGGUAAGACAUAGUGGCAAAGUAGUGGCGCCUUCGGCGCGAUAACUAGGGAUAAUGUAGAUAU